GUGUUCAGUCAGUUGUGUGGUCGGUGCCCCGUUAAUGGCGUGUUUUCGUCGCCUUCCCGUUCGCCAACAGUUAAGCCUGAACUAAAUUCGAAAUGAGCGUGACCCAAAUACUACCCGUGUACCACCGGAUCGUGAACGGCGUCCCGGUGCCGUUCACCCGCCGUUCCUUCCGGGCCAAGGAAAAAUACGUAAUAUUCCUGGUGUUCGUCACCUUCGGCCUGAUCUGCUUCGGCACGUUCUUCUUUUUGCCGGAGUUCAGGGGCUCGAACGGCCCCGCCGACAGUAUGUACAAAGUGUACGAUCAGAUCAAAAGAGCGGGCCCGGAGCUGCUGAUACCGCCGCCGCCGCAUCUCGAGGACAGCCGCGAGGCCCAGAAGAUAGUGCGGCACGAGACGGAUGCUCAAUUGGACCCGCACAUCAUUGGGGACCGGCAAAAGUUGAAGGCGAAGAUCGAACAGGACUCGGAGCUGAAGGUGUUGGAACGGCCCGAUUUGGGUGUCAGGAAGACGUCCUCGACGGUCGGUAGGUUGAACGUGCCGAAUCAGGUGGACGAGAAUGUGGGGGCGGAGGAUUUGGGGCCCAAUUAUCCGGUGGUGGUGACCGUGCCGCCGGCCAUGAGCGACAGUUAUCCCCUGAUGAAGGGGGGCGAGGACCUGGCCCAGCAGACCAGGGAGCGCAGGGACAAAGUCAAAGAGAUGACCAAACACGCCUGGGACAACUACGUGCGCUACGCCUGGGGCAAGAACGAGCUGAGACCGAUCUCCAAACGUGGUCACACCGGCAGCAUCUUCGGUUCCAUGCCAAUAGCCGCCACCAUUCUGGACGGCCUGGACACCCUGUACAUCAUGGGGAUGAUGGACGAGUUCAAGCAGGCUAAGGACUUUGUCGCCAACGAAUUCGACGUCAACACAAUGGCCAACGAUGUGUCGGUGUUCGAGGUGAACAUCCGUUUCGUGGGUGGGUUAUUGACGUGUUUCGCUAUGACGGGCGACGUCAUGUUCCGCGACAAGGCGCAACAGAUUGCCCAGAAGUUGCUGCCCGCCUUCGACACGCCCACAGGCAUCCCCAACGCCCUCGUCAACUUCAAAACAGGGACAAGCAAGAACUACGGAUGGGCCAGCGGCGGCUCCAGCAUCCUCUCCGAAUUCGGCACGCUCCAGCUGGAGUUCUCCUAUCUGAGCGACGUGACCGGCAACCCGGUCUACAAGCAAAAGGUGGAGCACAUCAGGCAGUUCCUCCAGGGCUUGGACAAGCCCAACGGCCUCUAUCCCAACUAUCUGAACCCCAAAACAGGAAAGUGGGGACAACAUCACAUGUCUAUGGGGGCGCUGGGUGACAGCUUCUACGAGUACCUGCUGAAGGCGUGGCUCCAGACCAACAAGGAGGACAACGAGGUGCGUCAGAUGUUCGACGACGCCAUGCAGGCCGUCAUCAAGCACAUGCUCCACACGUCGCAGAACGGCAUGAUGUACUUCGCCGAACUGAAAUUCGACCGCCCCGAACACAAAAUGGACCACCUGGGCUGCUUCUCCGGAGGAUUGUUCGCCCUGGCGUCCCACACCUUGAAGAACUCCAUGUCCGACAAGUACAUGGAGAUAGCCAAGAACAUCACCAACACCUGCCACGAGUCGUACGACAGAUCCGCCACUAAACUGGGACCGGAGGCGUUCAGGUUCACCGAAGGCUCCGAGGCCAGAGCUCUGAAGAGCUCGGAGAAGUACUACAUUCUGAGGCCGGAGGUGAUCGAGUCGUACUUUUAUCUGUACCGUCUGACCAAGGACGAGAAGUACAGGGACUGGGGCUGGGAGGCGGUGCAGGCGUUGGAGAAGUACUGUCGGGUGCCCGGCGGUUAUACUGGGCUGAAGAACGUCUAUUCGGAGGACCCGCAACAGGAUGAUGUGCAGCAGAGUUUCUUCAUCGCGGAAGUUCUCAAGUAUUUGUACCUACUCUUCUCCGACGACGAGCUGUUCUCGCUGGACAAGUGGGUGUUCAACACCGAGGGCCACCCCCUGCCCAUCAAAGGUGUGAACCCCUACUACCGGGAGGCCUCCCCGUAACUCCCAUUUUAAUCGCAAAUGGACGUAUUUCAUUAUUUAUUCAAUGGGUGUGCGCUAGAUGUAUGAACGUGUGUUUGUGUGUGCCGUGACUUUGUGACGCGAGAUACUUUUGUACAUAGAUUACGUGAACAACUAUUUUCUUACAUAAAUGUUGCUUAAUUUAUGUUCAUUGAUAUGAAUAAGAGUGGACAAGUCAAUUCUCUCUGUUGUGUGGCUCCGUGAAAAGUAUUAAACGAGACUUUUUGCUAGUAUUAACACAAGUUUAUCCAGUUCUUUUCCUAAUUAAUUCGAAACCAGACUUAUAAACAUAGAGUAAGCAAUAAUUUAAGUAAAAAACCAAUCAAAACAAGAAUCUUAGAGCAAUUAUAUUAAUUCAGAUGUAAUAGACCUAUUUAUAUUGACCUAUUUUAUAUUAAAAAAAGAACAAACUGUAUCCAAACAGUUCCUAUAUAGAAAAAUUAUGGGCAGAGGUAAAUAUAGUAUUGUUAAUUUAAGUUUUUUUACUAAAAUAAUUUUGUAAUAUAAUUAUACGAUAAGCCCACAGAUAUUUAAUAGAACGUUAGUUAAUUAAUAAUGCAUCAGUAAGAUGAGAUUAAUCCAAUUGUACAUAUAAUAAUCAUUUUUUAAUCAUUGCACCUAGUAAUGAACUCCAUUCACCACUCAAGUAUUCCCCUCACCUGUUAAUUAGUUAAUUAACCAGUUAAAAACGUUUUACCUCCAUGGACACCCUUAUAGAAUUAAAAAAGACUUCACCCCCAUUACCCUUCAAAGUAAGAGCUUCAUGCGAGUAAAACGUUUUUGAACCAAAAAAUCAUUACUACUAUCAUGUAAAUACGUUAGUGUAAGACUAAACUUUUUUUAUAGGACGUUCCAUGUCACAAAAUAUGUAAAUUCUGUUGUUAAAGGCAGUAAAUUAAUUAUUGGCAUGUAUAAUUAGAUAUUAAUUUGUUAUUAAAUGUCUAUUUAUGUACUAAAUUAUAUUAUUAGAAUGUUCGAUGAAAUUUUUAUUGUGAUAUAACAGCGUUUUAGGCUGUUUGAGGUUUUUUAAAUGAUGUGAAAUUUUACAAAUUGAUAUCAAUGUUUGUUUCACUACUAUAUUCAACUGAUUUUAUAGCUAUGCUCAAAUAUAUUAUUUAACGAUAUUUAUUAUUUUACUAAUAUAUUUUUUAAAUACAUUUAAAUUGGUUGCAACUUUGUUAUUGUACCUGGUAAUUAAAUAAAAUCAAUGUGUUUUACU